GGUAACACUUUCAAAGCGAAACCUUUUUUGACAACCAGCCAGCAGCUAAGCAACAAUAAGUCGCAGAAUGCCUGUUAACAAUAUCUCGGGAAUUAAGCUCUCUAGUGGACCGACGCAUCUGAGAAGUAGGAUCCUUGUGCGAAACCUACCGACUUGCACCCGCCACGAGCUAGCUAGGCUCUGCAUACCAUUCGGCGAAAUCCUUGGCUCGCUGGUCCUCGGAAACCACGGGUUUAUCCAGUUUACAAGGGAGAGCGACGCCCAGACCGCCAUACAGAUCCUUGACCAAUCAUUCUUCAAAUCGAAGCUUAUUCUAGUCUCGAGUGCCAGCUUCCGUUCCCUCAGGGCCAAUAACAUCAACUUUGGCCCCGCUGGAGGAGCAUGAUCGAGUGGCCUGAUGAUGAUGAUGACGUUGUCGUCGUGACUCUGCAGUUUCAAAAGCGAUGACGAGGAAGAAGAAGAACAGGGUGACAGUCCGGUAGCGGAAUCAAGCAAGAGGAAGAGUUAGACGCAGAACAGAAUCACGAAGAGGAACGAGAGAGUCGACACAAAACUCUCUCUUGCUCUACAAGAAGAACAUGAUGAUGACGUUGUCGUCGUGACUCUGCAGUUUUAAAAGCGAUGACGAGGAAGAAGAAGAACAGGGUGACAGUCCGGUAGCGGAAUCAAGCAAGAGGAAGAGUUAGACGCAGAACAGAAUCACGAAGAGGAACGAGAGAGUCGACACACAAGGACAACGACGAGGAUGACAAGCAAACCAACAAAACUGGGAAAACUCUUUCUUGCUCUACAAGAAGAACACACCAACUCUCUACAAAAUGAACACAUCGAUAGGCCAAAUAUUUUCGGCCAAUUCACAUAAUCACAAAAAUUCAAACAAUAAUAAAAAUUCUUAAAACUUUGC